UACUACACAGCCUAGGCUUGAGCUGCAAUUCCUCAAAUCAAUUUUUCUCUUAUUUACAAAUUUGUUAGUACAAAUAAACUAUCAUGUCUAAGGAAUUAACUCAAUCACAGAAGGAUAGAAUUGAACGAAAUCGCCAAAAGGCUUUACAACUAAGGAAAUCAAAAGUUGUUGCUCAUCCCUAUUUCAAAAAUUCACCUUGUGCAGUUGAAUGUCUGGAUAAAAAUAUAAUUCGUUUUGAGGGAAGCAAGUUCACUGAUUCAGGAGGUGGAUUUCUCAUUGAGGAAGUUACUGGUCAACAAGACAAGAAUGAGAUCCCCACUAUUGUCGAAGAUCUGCCUGCCAUUUGUAUCCCAGACCAGCCUACCUGUGAAGAAUGUAAAGAAAAGUUUGGAGACUCUUUUCUGUUGAAAAGCUUCGACUACCCGGUUUGUGAUGGUUGUAGAGAUAACGAGGAAAAGCACAGCUUAAUUACAAGAACUGACGCCAGAAAUGAAUAUCUUCUCAAGGACUGUGAUUUAGAUAAAAGAGAACCGCUGUUGAAAUUCAUCCUACGUAAAAAUCCACACAACGUGCGAUGGGGUGACAUGAAACUUUAUCUUCUGAAGCAGAUUGAAAAUCGGGCAAUGGAUGUCUGGGGCUCAGAAGAAGAGUUAGAGAAGCAAAGAGAACUUAGGGAAGAAAAAAGAAUAAUGGCUAAGACCAAGAAAUACAACAAAAAUAUGAAAGCUCUCCGCAUGAAUGUAAGAAGCUCUCUCUACAACAAAACAACUACAGCUUCUCACGAACACGAGUUUGGGUCGGAGACUUAUCACGAAGAAGAAGACAAUUACAGUCAUACUUGCAAGUCUUGCGGCUACGAAGAAACGUUUGAGAAGAUGUAAAAGUGCAUUUAGAUCAUAAAACUUACUUGAAAAUCCUAAGCUAUCUUUCCAGUCAGGUAGAGUUCAGUUUAAAAGAGUUUUGCUCAUAUUUAUAAUUUAACUAGGUAAAUUAGCUUUUGUUGUUUAACAACCUCGUUUAUUUAGAGCCAUAAUGCUCUUUGUCAACACCCAAACAAUCAAAUUUGGUGAAAUUUGUUUUGUUGAAUCAUUGAAAUUUAAAUUGUAAGAAUCAUGCUUGUAAGGAGCUGCUUAAUGCUGCUUAAGGGUUUAAUUCUAAUGCUUAAGAGCAACGUUUAAUUCGCAAAACAGCUCUUAAGAUUAAAAAUAAAAGUACAGUAGGAUCUCGUUAAUCCGGCCCUAUAUGGGGAUUAGUAGGGCCGGAUUAUAGAAAAUGCCGGAUUAGUGGAAAUGCAUCAGAAAUUGAAGUGGUUUUACAAUAAACAACAUUUUAUUGCUUACGAAAACUAUGAUAACAAUCAUUUGAAUUUCUGUACAGUAUAGGGCUAAUGAAAUGUUGUUUAAUGUAUUAUUGUGAAAAAUAAACAGUGAUAUGAAACAGAAAACAACCGUACAGUACAAUAUCAGACGAUGAACAAAGAUAAUCACUAAAUACUGUACGUGUACAAAAUGAAAAUUACAGAACUUUGGGCCUACUGUACACUUUACAUGUAAGACCUACUUAAACAACAGCAAAAUAGUUUGUAAUAUUUUUCUGCUUCUUUGCAUUAAAAGAAAGUUUUAAAACAUUUUCCUGGAGCCUCUUUAGUGUCAUAAUAUCGGAAGCCGAAGCACCGUUUUCUUCCGCCCAAGUUAUUGCAGUUGCGUAGGCACAGAGCGCCGAAUCCGUGUUGACUGUGUGUGCAGCUGCAGCUGUCGACGUCGACGUACUGGCUCCGCCCACUCCGCCCUCCUCGUCCCCCUCCUCCACGUCACUGCCGUCUAACGUUUUCGAUGAUCUCAUCGUCUGUCAUGAUUUGACACUGCUCGUCGUCUGCUCCGUCUAACCAGGCGGUAACAUCGGCUGAUGUCAGAUCUUCUGGAUCGUCUACUAACUGUUCGGCUAUUGCUUCUCUCAAGUCAUUUAGCUCAGCAUCUGUUGUCACUGUCGUUUGAGGAUUUGAUUGUCUUCUGUAAUCCUCUAAUAAAUCAAGAGAAGGCCACAACUUCGCCCAUGAACAAACAAUUGUUUUUGUUGCAAGUUUUUCCCAUGCGCUUGCAAGAUUAAAAACAACAUCUUUCAGGUUGGUUUCCUUCAGAGCUGUAACAACACUCCCCUCUUUUGACAAAACACUGUACAAAAGGGUUUUUUUGUAAUUCGUUUUUAUAGUUUGGAUCACAUUUUGGUCCAUGGGCUGGAGUAUCGGAGUUACAUUUGGGGGCAAAAAUAAAGCAGUGAUUUUUCCAUCCCUACUUUUUAACUCAUCCUCAUCUGGAUGUCCAGGACAAUUAUCGAGCAACAAAAGUGCCUUUUGAGGCAGUUUUUGUGCUUUCAAAAACUUUUUUACUGAUGGUACAAAAGUUUGAUGGAACCAUUCCAAAAAAAGUGUUUUUGUCAUCCAUCCUUUUGUCGAGUUUGUGUAUGUAACUGGCAACUGUGUGUUUUUGAAAGCCCUUGGCUUUUUGGCUUUCCCAAUAACAAGCAAUUCUAAUUUAUGAGUGCCACUAGCAUUACAACACGGCAUAAAAGUUACUCUAUCUUUGGCCAACUUGCGACCAGGGGCACUAGCUUCCUCUCUAUGAACGAAUGUUUGUUUCGGCAAAAGACGCCAAAACAGACCACUCUCGUCAGCAUUGUAGAUCUGAUCUGGGCCUAAGUCCAUUUCAUCCACGAUUUCUUUAAAUUUUUCAAUAAAAGGUUCUGCAGCCGCUACAUCACACGAAAGCCUUUCACCAGUCAUAGUUAGCAGUCGAAUUCCAAAGCGUCGUUUGAAUUUAUCCAGCCACCCAACACUUGCACGGAAGUCGUCCUUUUUCAUGAUUUUGUUAUAGAACAGUUUCGCCUUUUCCAUUAUAAUAUCACCUGAAAUUGGCGUGUGUCGGCUCCUUUCUUGCAUGAACCAAUUAUAAAGUGCGUCUUCUACUUGCGGAAAUUCGCCUACUUUUAAUGUCUUUCUUACCUUCGAAGAUGAUUCACUACUCCUCUUAAAGAAUGAUUCGAUCUGCUCCUUCUUCUUCUUUAUGUCGUGUAUAGUUGCACGGCCGAUAUUGUAUUCCUUAGACAGAUGAGCCAACUUUUCACCCUUUUCCAAACGUUUUAAAAUCGUAUACUUUUUAUCUAAAGUCAGUGUUACAUGCUUACGUUUUCCCGACAUCGCACUACACUUGUAGAUUAUAUAGUAUAUACACUGUACUCACAACACUGCCUUCACUCAACUCACACGCCACGCACUGUACGCAACUACCCGUAGCAGACGUCAGUCCUCAGUGUACUGCUGUUGUGAAAUAUGGACACUCGCGUUUUCAAGUCUAGACAUGAAAAUUUACUGAAUAUUCGGCGAAAACACAGUGCCGGAUUACUGGACGUGCCGGUCUAAUGAACGGCCGGAUUAUAGAGACUCUACUACCUGUGAUAUUAAACUAUAUUUUAAUGGGUGAAGUUGGAAAAGCAUUAAAUGCUGUAUUUGAAAUACUUUCCUUGAAGGUAACACUGGAUGAACCAACAAUCUUCAUUUACAAAAUUAUAUAAAUUUGUGUUAAGUAACAUAUUUUAAACGGAUGUACAAAUGUAUAUUUUACUUUUUUUUAAACUGAUUACAUUUCUGGAAUUUUUAUUCAUAAAAAGUAAUUUUACUGUAUUACACUAUGCAUUGUUUACAUUUUAGUCCUCUGUAUAAUUUUUUGUUAAACAGAUUAAGUAGGUAUGCGAAAAAUUAUUUCCACAGAUUGUUUAGUUUUAAGUUCUAACCCAUUUAAAUGUGACAAACAGAUCUUAAAUGAUAAACGAUAAAACAUGUUUUUUUCAAUGUAUUACUGUGAUCUUCAAGUAGGUCAAAACUGCUCAAGUUUAUAAAUCCCUAUAAAGUAUUUUAUUCUUUAUUUUAGUGUUCAACUUUUUAGCAAGUAUUCUUUCUACCUUUGUAAUACGUUUAUUAAUUGUAAUAUUUAGCGUUUGAAUGCAUAAAUCACUUUAGGAAAUGUACAAAAUAUCAUUUAUGAGUCAGGGUAGUUGAAUAUAAAAACAUAGAUGUUUUCUAAAAAUGGCUGGCCCAUGAACGUCCCCAAUAAAUUAGAUGAAUUAUUGAGAUGUCCAAUGCCCUGAAAUUUUGUAUUGUUAGUUUAUAUGUUAUUUUCUAAUUUAUUCAGCCGUAUGUACAUUU